GUGGGUCUAGUUUUCUCGUGGCACCCGACUCAUGGCGCCUGGGUGGCUGGGUUCGUUGCUGAAUUGGCCCUUCCGAUGUAUUGGUCAGCGCAGUUUGCCGGAGACUCACGGUGUCUUUGAGGCGGAGUUGCAGCGGCCCACGGAAGCGGAGCUCCUGCGAGACGAGUUUGGAGUGCCACACAUCUUCGCAGCAACGGAGCACGAGCAUGAUUUGUUCUUCUUGAACGGUGUGGUGCACGCUCAGGACAGAUUAUGGCAGAUGCACUCUGGUCGCAUGUUGGCCUCGGGCCGGCUGUGCGAAAUGGUCGGCAGCAAAGCACUGGACCUGGAUCGUUUCCUUCGACAGCUGGGCUUGCGACAACUGGCAGAGGAAGAUGCACAACAUCUCAGGGAUUGCGGCUUGCCGGACAGCGCAGAAGCCCUGAGGAUGAUGGAGGCCUAUGCUGAGGGGGUCAACUGGUACGCUUUCAGAUGUGUGAAGCGCAAGCGAUUGCCGUUGGAGUUCACCCUCACUGGGCAAUCCUGGGAAGAAUGGACCCCGGUUCACAGUUUAGCGCUGAUCCGUUUCUGGGGCUUUGCCAUGAAUUAUGGUUUUCAGCAUGCGUUGCUGCGCCGCAGUCUGGCAGAGCUCUUGGGUAAAGACUUGGCAGAGCUCUGGACCAACACAAAGGAGGAGGAGGCAUCAAUUCCCUUCACGGUGGAUCGAGCAGCAUGGGAAGCCUUCAAGAAGGUGGAUCUGUCCGCCAUUCCGAAGAUACCCAAGGGUGACGGUUCCAACUGGUGGGCUGUGCAUGGGAAGCACACCAGCACAGGAAAGCCCUUGUUGGUGGGAGAUCCGCACUUGAGUAUUCGAAUCCCCAACUUUUGGUACGAGAUCCAUGGCACCCUCCGUGACUCGCAGCCGUUCGCUCUCCAUGGGGUGGCGCCGCCGGGAAUUCCGGCCACGUUGAUUGGACAGAAUGGAAAGUUUGCCAACUCCAUCACAUUGGCAUAUUGCGAUGUAGAAGACGUGUUCCUUGAAAGGGUGAAGGAUGGCAAGUAUUUGCACAAAGGUGAAUGGCACAGGUGCAACCUUCGCAGCGAGAUCAUCAAGGUGAAAAACUCCGAGAGCCAGGAAUGUCUCUGCCGUUCCACCUGUCAUGGGCCCUUGCUGGAAGGACAGGUGCUGGGAAAACACGAGGACUUCAAGACGGCCAUGCUGGAACAGGUGAAGAAGGAAGAGGAUGAGGAGGUCUUCAUUGCAUAUGCGGCUAUAGCUCUGCGUCCAAAAUCCCUUUCGGCCUUGAGUCUAUGGAAGAUCUUGCGAACAGA